GAAGUAGAAGUUGGUUAUAAAGGAAAGACGCGGCCUCUAAAAAGAAGCUUCACCUCAAAUAGGAAUCCAUUUAACACCAAGAAGAAUGUGCAAUGGGAACGAAUUACAAGAGAUAAGAGAGAGAGAGAGAGAAAUCGCCGUCACGGGAUAUCUCUCUACGCAAGGAAGCCAGAGAGUCAGAGAGAGUAGUAUAUAUAAUGUAUGUGUGUGUGUAGAGAGAGAAGGGGCUAGAGUGCGGUGAGAGAGGAAAUAAUGGCGGACAAAAGUAUCAGCUUGGAAGAAAUCAAGAAUGAGAACGUCGAUCUCGAGCGCAUACCAGUAGAAGAAGUGUUUGAACAGUUGAAAUGUACAAGAGAGGGCUUGACAAGCGAGGAAGGGCAGCAGAGGCUCCAAAUCUUUGGCCCAAAUAAGCUUGAGGAGAAAAAGGAAAGUAAAUUUCUGAAAUUCUUGGGCUUCAUGUGGAACCCUUUGUCAUGGGUGAUGGAGCUUGCUGCCAUCAUGGCCAUCGCUUUAGCAAACGGAGGGGGAGAGCCCCCGGAUUGGCAAGAUUUUAUCGGUAUCAUAGCAUUGCUUUUCAUUAACUCAACCAUAAGCUUUAUUGAAGAGAAUAAUGCAGGCAAUGCCGCAGCCGCACUAAUGGCCGGUCUUGCUCCAAAAACAAAGGUCUUGCGAGAUGGAAGGUGGACGGAGCAGGAAGCUUCUAUACUGGUACCAGGUGAUAUUGUCAGCAUUAAGCUGGGAGACAUUAUCCCAGCUGAUGCUCGUCUCUUGGAAGGUGAUCCCCUGAAAAUAGAUCAAUCUGCCCUUACUGGGGAGUCCUUGCCAGUAACCAAGCACCCAUCUCAGGAAGUAUUCUCAGGGUCGACCUGCAAACAAGGUGAGAUCGAGGCCAUUGUCAUUGCCACUGGAGUGCACACCUUCUUUGGCAAAGCAGCUCACCUUGUCGACAGCACCAACCAAGUUGGACACUUCCAAAAGGUAUUGACAGCCAUUGGUAACUUCUGCAUAUGCUCCAUCGCCGUGGGGAUCUUAAUAGAGCUAAUUGUGAUGUACCCAAUUCAGCACCGUAAGUACAGGGAUGGGAUUAAUAAUCUAUUGGUUCUUCUAAUUGGAGGCAUCCCAAUUGCCAUGCCAACAGUGCUGUCAGUUACGAUGGCUAUUGGCUCCCACCGUUUAUCACAGCAAGGUGCCAUCACCAAGAGGAUGACAGCUAUUGAAGAAAUGGCUGGGAUGGACGUCCUUUGCAGUGACAAGACUGGGACUCUCACCCUAAACAAGCUUACAGUCGACGAAACCCAAAUUGAGGUAUUUACAAAGGAUGUGGACAAGAAAACUGCAGUUCUACUUGGGGCAAGGGCUUCUAGGGUGGAGAAUCAGGAUGCUAUCGAUGCUUGUAUCAUUGGAACGCUCGCUGAUCCCAAGGAGGCUAGAGCAGGAAUCACUGAGGUGCAUUUCCUUCCCUUCAACCCAGUGGACAAGCGCACUGCCAUUACAUACAUUGAUUCCAAUGGAAAUUGGCACCGCGUUAGCAAAGGUGCACCUGAACAGAUUAUCGAGCUAUGUCAAGUUAGUACCGAUAUCAAGAGGAAAGCUCAUGACACCAUUGAUAAGUUUGCUGAUCGUGGUCUUCGCUCCCUUGCAGUUGCUCAACAGACUGUACCGGAGAAGACCAAGGAGAGUGCAGGAGGGCCAUGGGUGUUUGUGGGUCUAUUGCCUCUUUUCGAUCCGCCAAGGCAUGACAGUGCAGAGACCAUUAGACAUGCACUCAAACUUGGUGUCAACGUUAAGAUGAUCACAGGUGACCAGCUAGCUAUUGCAAAGGAGACUGGUCGCAGACUAGGCAUGGGGACCAACAUGUAUCCCUCUUCCACCCUCCUUGGCCAGACCAGGGAUGAGACCACAGCUAAUCUCCCUGUUGAAGAGCUGAUUGAGAUGGCUGAUGGCUUUGCUGGUGUCUUCCCUGAACACAAGUAUGAGAUAGUGAAGAAACUACAGGAUAGGAAACACAUCUGCGGGAUGACAGGAGAUGGUGUGAAUGAUGCUCCAGCUUUAAAGAAGGCAGACAUUGGCAUUGCAGUGGCCGAUGCAACCGAUGCAGCCCGGAGUGCAUCUGAUAUUGUUCUAACAGAGCCCGGACUAAGUGUGAUUGUGAGCGCCGUCUUGACAAGCAGAGCCAUUUUUCAGAGGAUGAAGAAUUACACUAUCUACGCCGUUUCUAUCACCAUCCGUAUAGUUCUUGGUUUCAUGCUCAUUGCUCUUAUUUGGAAAUUUGACUUCUCGCCAUUCAUGGUUCUUAUCAUUGCCAUUCUCAAUGAUGGAACCAUCAUGACCAUUGCAAAAGACAAGGUGAAGCCAUCUCCAAUGCCCGAUUCAUGGAAGCUUAGAGAGAUCUUCGCCACCGGCAUUGUUCUAGGCACUUACCUAGCUGUCAUGACAGUUAUUUUCUUCUGGGCUGCUAUGGAGUCAAAUUUCUUUUCGGACUUGUUUCAUGUAAGAUCAAUUAGGCACGACCCUAGGGAGCUUACUUCAGCACUUUACCUUCAAGUAAGCAUUGUUAGUCAGGCACUUAUCUUUGUGACGAGGUCCCGCGGCUGCUCCUAUUUUGAACGCCCCGGCCUUCUCCUUGUUUCCGCAUUCAUACUCGCACAGCUGGUGGCUACACUGAUUGCCGUAUAUUGCAAUUGGGGCUUUGCAAAUAUCCGUGGCAUUGGUUGGGGAUGGGCUGGUGUCAUUUGGCUCUACAGUAUAAUUUUCUACGUGCCUCUGGAUUUUUUCAAGUUCUUCAUUCGAUAUGCAUUGAGUGGCAGGGCCUGGGAUACUCUACUGCAGAAUAAGACUGCUUUCACAACCAAAACGGAUUAUGGACGGGGAGAGAGGGAGGCCCAAUGGGCUUUGGCACAACGUACAUUGCAUGGCCUCCAGCCGCCAAAUGACCCAGAGAUCUUCAAUGAGAAGAACAGCUACCGGGAGUUGUCAGAAAUUGCGGAACAGGCCAAGAGACGUGCUGAAGUUGCGAGGCUAAGGGAGCUCCACACCCUCAAAGGACAUGUAGAAUCAGUGGUGAAGCUCAAGGGUCUUGACAUCGAGACCAUUCAACAGCACUACACGGUUUAAGAGAGAAAA